CGCAUCUCCAUCCUCUUCAAGCCUAAGCAACAAACAAACCUCAUCUCAUCAACUAGCAUCCCAGCUUGAGCUUGUCUCCCUUCCUCAGCCAUGCCAAUGCUCAUCGCGGCCCUUUUCAUCUUCAGCUUGGCCGCUGCUUCAACCACGCAAGCAACAGUGCGAAGCGACGAGCAGGUGAAGGGGCUGUACGAGGAGUGGUUGGCGAGGCACGGCAAAGCGUACAACGGAAUCGGAGAGAAGGACAGAAGGUUCGACGUGUUUAAGGAUAACUUGAAGUUCAUCGACGAACACAACACGGCGAACCGGAGCUACAAGGUGGGUUUGAACCAGUUUGCCGAUCUCACUAAUGACGAGUACAGGUCCAUCUACCUGGCCACCAGGAUCGACGCCCAACGCCGUUUCGUCAAGUCCAAGAACGCCAGCCCCCGCUACCUUUUCCGUGCCGGCGAUCGGCUUCCGGAAUCCGUUGACUGGAGGAAGAGAGGUGCUGUUGCUCCCAUCAAGAAUCAGGGGACUUGCGGGAGCUGCUGGGCUUUCUCGAGUGUUGCUGCAGUGGAAGCCAUAAACAAGAUUGUUACAGGGGAGAUGAUAACUCUGUCGGAGCAAGAGCUGGUGGACUGCGACAGGACCCAAAACGCCGGCUGCAACGGCGGCCUCAUGGAUUACGCCUUCCAGUUCAUCAUCUCCAACGGCGGCAUAGACACCGAAGAUGAUUAUCCUUACAGGGGCGUCGAUGCCCAAUGCGAUCUCAAUAGGAGGAACUCCAAGGUUGUGAGCAUAGACGGGUACGAGGACGUGCCGAAGAAUGAGAAGGCCCUGCAGAAGGCCGUGGCUCAUCAACCCGUUAGCGUCGCCAUUGAGGCCUCGGGCAGGGCCCUCCAACUCUAUUCCUCGGGCGUGUUCAGCGGCGGAUGUGGGACGGAGCUAGACCACGGCGUGGUGGUGGUCGGGUAUGGCACGGAGAGGGGGCAGGAUUAUUGGAUCGUGAGGAACUCAUGGGGGACUAGUUGGGGGGAAGAUGGCUACUUCAGGCUGCAACGCAAUGUGGCUGCUCCAAAUGGGAAAUGUGGGAUUGCUAUGAUUGCUUCUUAUCCAACCAAGACUCCUGGCUAUGCCUCUCAGUGAAUGGCUUCACCCCUUUUCAAGAUCCACAAUCUUCACUUCAGGACCACUCUUUUAUUAGUUUCUGCUUAUCAAUUGUUGGAUGUUGUUAUCUGGGAUUUUCCUUGUUUGCUUUGGUUUGGUGCCGAUUUAUCUGUAGAUACAUGUUUUUCCAAUUUCAUGUUUGCUUCUUGUUCCUCAGAGCUACUCUGUUUUUCUAUUUCAAAACUAGUUUCCUUUGAUUUCGAGAUGGGAAGAUCUCGACGAGUUA